UCAAGCUAGGAGAAUUUGUAUUUACUGGAUUCAUUGGUUAAUACCCAACGUGAACGGUGGGUUCUUUAAUGAGGCACCCGUCAGCCCCUCAAAGUGAAAGACCUUGAUAUCUAUUAGGAGUCUUUAUAUAUUACAUGAGUUCUGUUUUGUAGUAGACACCUGUACCCAUUGCUCUCAAGUUGAUUUCAACUCACAGCGACCCUGUAGGAAAGAGAACGGUCGCACAGGGUUUUCAAGAGUGGCUGGUGCGUUCAUACUGCCGACCUUUUGGUGAGCAGCCAAACACUUAACCGCUGCACCACCAGGGCUCCACAGUAGACAUAGUCAUCAUAAUUCUUUAUUCUCAUUAUUGUGUCAGUGUUUAUAAGGACUGGACUAAGACUAACUAAUCUGAACACGAGUUCUAAAUGAGAAAAAUAUCAGGUAUGUGUCAGUAUCAUAAAGCUAGGUUAUGAUCAAUUUAAAAUGAGAAGGUGCUAUUGGUAAACUGACUUAGACAAGCAAUUACAAAGCGCUUCUUCUUGGACAGUUAAGGGAUGUGACUGGAAAAAUCAGUAUCUUUUAUGCUGUGAAACUUGAAUGAAAAUGAUCUGGUUUGAAUUGAGGAAAUAAUUCAGGCCAGAACGUGGGAGAAAAACUGGUCUUUACUCUUUCCUUUCAAAAACUCCUUUAGAGACAAUGAUGGUGGAUUGAAAUUGAGGAAUGGGAAGGAAUUUUGUAGAAGGAAGGACUGACAUACAAGGUAUGUCACCAGAUCUUUUGUUAUUGAGCUAGAUUCCAGUCCUUAAUGACCUUACCUUGGCUAGUUACUUAUGAUGUUUCUCAGCAAGUAUCCCAAUUCUAAUUUCUGUGAAAUUCAGAGACCCCACUUGGUUUCUUAUCUUGAUUCAACUCACGGGAUCCAAACAUUAGCCAAAUACUGUGUGAGACGAGUAGGUAGGAUCACAAGAGAGCAACAGAGCAAUUGGAGGGCCUGUAAUAGUCUUUCUAAAAACUGAUUACUGACCUAGCCUUGCACCUUAGUUUCUUAAUCUCAGAUUUCUGUUAUAAACUGAUGAACUUCUCAAGUUUAAAUGUGGUCUGAUCCAAUAAAUCAUUCUGAUAUUUCAUGGUUCCCCCAAAAGGGUUUUGUUGUUUUCUAGAUGGACACAUCAUAAACUGAGAUCAGACCAUUUCUACUCCCCAAACCAAAAAGUAAAAACCAAACCCAUUGCUGUCAAGUCAAUUCUGAUUCAUAGAGACCCCGUAGGACAGAGUAGAACAGCCCCAUAAGGUUUCCAGGGAGGGGCUGGUGGGUUCAAACUGCCAACCUUUUAGUUAGCAGUCAAGCUCUUAACCACUGUGUCACUAGGGCUUCAUUACUACUCUGCUACCUGUGAAAAGUGCAUGAGAUAUUAGAUAAAGUUUCACAUACUGAUUAGUUCAAAAAUAUCUUCUAAUUAUUUGACAUCAGAAUGAUUUCUUAUUCUUUCACAUUUCCACAUGUCUUUUCAUCUACAGCAGAAGAGAACUGGAUGAAGAGGGAUAAUCAGAGCAGUGUGUCUGAAUUCCUCCUCCUAGGGCUCCCCAUCAGGCCGGAGCAGCAGGGCAUGUUCUUCGUCCUGUUCCUGGUCAUGUACCUCACCACCAUGUUGGGGAACCUAUUCAUUGUUCUGCUUAUCAGACUGGACUCUUGCCUCCACACCCCCAUGUACUUCUUCCUCAGCCACUUGGCCCUCACUGACAUCUCUUUCUCAUCAGUCACAGCACCAAAGAUGUUGUUGAACAUGCAGACACAAAGUCAAUCUAUCUCAUAUGCUGGGUGCAUUUCUCAGGUCUAUUUUUCCAUCUUCUUUUUUGAUAUCGACAGCUUCCUUCUCACUUCAAUGGCCUAUGACAGGUAUGUGGCUAUUUGUCACCCCCUCCACUAUACCACCAUCAUGAGUCGGAGCCUGUGUUUCAUGCUAGUAUUUGUGUCCUGGGUCUUAUCCUUUGCCAGUGCUCUAUUGCACACCUUGCUCCUGGCCCGUUUGAUGAAGAGAGAUAAUCAGAGCAGUGUGUCUGAAUUCCUCCUCUUAGGGCUCCCCAUCAGGCCGGAGCAGCAGGGAAUGUUCUUUGCCCUGUUCCUCGGCAUGUACCUCACCACGGUGCUGGGGAACCUGCUCAUCAUCCUGCUCAUCAGGCUGGACUCUCGCCUCCACACCCCCAUGUACUUCUUCCUCAGCCACUUAGCCAUCACUGACAUCUUUUUCUCAUCAGUCACAGCCCCAAAGGUGCUGAUGAACAUGCAAACACAGAGUCAAUCCAUCUCAUACGCUGGGUGCAUUUCUCAGGUCUAUUUUUCCAUACUCUUUGCUGAUAUUGACAGCUUCCUUCUCACCUCAAUGGCCUAUGACAGGUACGUGGCCAUUUGUCACUCCCUCCACUAUACCACCAUCAUGAGUCAAAGCCUGUGUUUCUUGCUAGUAAUUGUGUCCUGGGUUUUAUCCUUUGCCAGUGCUCUGUUACACACCCUGCUCCUGGCCCAUCUUUCCUUCUGUGGAGACAACAUUCUCCCCCACUUCUUCUGUGACAUCUCUGCCUUACUUAAGCUGUCCAGCUCAGACACCACAACAAAUGAGCUGGUUAUUCUUACUGUAGGGGGGUUGGUCAUUAUCCUUCCAUUCAUAUGCAUCCUGGUCUCUUAUGGCCACAUUGGGUCCACCAUCCUGAGAAUUCCCUCCACCAAGGGAAUCUGCAAAACCUUGUCCACUUGUGGCUCCCACCUCUCUGUCGUGUCUCUGUACUAUGGGGCAAUUAUUGGAUUGUACAUUUUCCCCUCAUCCAGUGACUCCAAUGGCAAGGAUGUCAUUGUGGCUGUAUUGUACACUCUGGUCACUCCCAUGCUUAAUCCUUUUAUCUACAGUCUGAGAAAUCGGGACAUUAAAGGAGCUAUGGGAAAUAUACUCAGUAGAGGAAAGUUUUCACUAUAAUGUAUGCUGAAUCUAGGCUGGUGUUGUGGCUUGUUUGUUCAAUAAGAUAUUGGCAAAAAUAAAAAUAAAAACUUAAAAAAACACUGCAUAUGAUGUCUUGCUAUUGAGACCCCGAGACCAUGGUUUUAAGAAACACAGGUUAGUCUACUGGAGAAUGAAAGACGAGAAAAGAGAGGCUUCAGCUGUCCCAAACAUCCUGGCAUAUCCAGAGAGGCCCUCUGGUAUAAGUGAGACUUUCUAGAACAUUCAGUCACAGACAAUCCAGCCCAGUAGAGUACUGCUCAGCUGAUCCAUAGAAGUGUGAGCAAAUAAAAUGAUUGUUUUAAGCCAGUAUGUUUUGGUUUCGUUUCUUUCACAAAGUUAGCUGACACAUUUCUCAUAUUCCUGAGGCAUUCACAAUCUUUGUCCAUUGUGACAACUUCUUAUCCAUUGUCUAGUUAGUGUUUUCCCCUCCCCACUCUUCCCAUCCCUCCUAACCAUCAAAGAUUGUUUCUUUGUGUAAACCUUUUCAGGAGUUUUUAUAAUAGUGGUCUCAUACAGUAUUUGUUUUUUUUUGUGAUUGACUUAUUUCACUCAGCCUAAUGCCCUCCAGAUUCAUCCAUGAUGUGAGGUCUUCACAGAUUCAUCGUUGUUCUUUAUUGUUUCAUAGU